AUGGCGAAUGUCACUGCCAGUGGGUUUCUUCUCAUGGGAUUUUCUGCCAAGCCUGAGCUGGAAGUCUUCUAUGCUUCUCUGUUCUUGGUCUUAUACUUGUUGGCUUUAACUGGGAAUAUUUUCAUAAUCCUCUCAGUUUCCAUGGAUCAGAGUCUCAAAAGGUCACCCAUGUACUUCUUCCUAAAGCAUCUCUCCUUUGUGGAUAUCUGCUAUAUUUCGGUGACAGUACCAAAAUUCAUUUGCAAUUCUUUCAGGCAUAGUGGGAAUAUUUCCCUCUGGGAAUGCAUGGCGCAGUGCUUUACUCUCGCUCUCUGUGCCACUGCUGAGCUGUCCAUGCUCACGGUGAUGUCCUAUGAUCGCUACGUGGCCAUUUGCCUUCCCCUGCGCUAUGAAAUCAUCAGGAACAUCAGAACCUGUGUCCAAGGAGUCUCCUGCGUCUGGAUCAGUGGGAUCAUCUCUGGAGUCAUGCAUACGGCAGCCACUUUCUCCAUCCACUUCUGUGGUCCCCGCAUCGUUCACCAGUUCUUCUGUGAUAUCCCCCAGCUCUUGAAACUCUCCUGCUCUAAUGACUAUAUCAGGGAGGUUGGGGUCUCAGUCUUCCUCUCACUAUUGUCUUUUGGCUGUACCAUCUUUAUUGGUUGCUCCUACAUGCAAAUAUUUUCUUCGGUGCUAAGGAUGCCAUCUGUUGAGGGCAGAGCCAAGGCCUUUUCGACUUGCUUUCCCCACCUUGCUGUUGUCAUCUUAUUUACUUCUACAGCUUUAUUUGAGUUUUUAAAGCCUCCUUCUGACAACCCAACGGCUAUGGACUUUGUGCUCACUAUUUUUUAUACUAUUGUACCCCCAGCAUUCAAUCCAAUGAUCUAUAGCCUGAGAAAUAAAGCAAUGAAAGCAGUUACAGGCCACUCACUGCAGGUAGCCUGUGAUACUCAUCGGCCGACUAAAGACUAG